GUUUAAUAGACAAGAACAGUAUAAAAGAACUGAGUGGCAACUUUCUGUAGCAUUUUGCAGAUUUACUUUUGCUGCAUCAGCAUCAGGUACUGAAAGCUCCAAAACAAAGUGUUUUUCCAUUUUGAAAUUGUCUCGGAAUGCCUCGUCCUUUGUUUCAAAGAAAUGGUUGCUGGGACCCUCUUCAGGAGAAGACACAAAACCUUUUCAACCAAAACACCGACCUCCCCUGUUUUCUCGAACCAGAUGAGGUGAGCUGGAUAGAAUCAGCAAGGAAAAGAUUAGGGACGUCAACCUGGCCAGGAUCUAUGCGUUUACCUCUCUUCAGCUCUUUGUGCAUGGAGAUUCCACCUAAAUCAUGUACUGGAUCAGAAGGACGCGUUUCUGAAUCUGUGUCUGAACAAACGAAAGGACAGCAAAACUGGAAAGUCUGUUUAGACGUCAGUCCGUUUUCUCCAGAGGAGAUAAACAUCAAAACCAAGGAUGGAUAUUUGGAGAUAACAGGUAAUCAUGAGGAAAGGCAGAAAAAUCACAGGUUGAUUUCAAGAAGCUUUACAAGAAAAUACAAGCUUCCCGCUGACUUUGACCUAAAACAGAUCAGCUCCAUGCUGUCUCCAGAUGGUAUACUCUCAGUUGAGGCCCCAUUACCUGGCUCUAAUAUCAGUCUCCCUGGAGAGAUUGCCAUCCCUAUUCACAUGAUGGACGAACAGUUACCUGCAAAAUCAGAUGAGCUGUGCCUAAACGGUAACAAGUAACAUAGUUCUGGUUAUGGGUUAGGCAUAGCCCAUUUGAUUUAAUGUGUAUGUGUAAAUAUUUGUGUGUUGAAAGUAAUGAAUGUGUUAACCUUUUGUUUUUAAUAGCUAACAUUAGAAGCAUUUGUAAAUACUGGCUUUGCAUGAGAAUUUGUCUUAUUAUGAACUAUUACCAAAUAUUACUAUACAGUAAUAUGCUAAAUAAAUGAGUUCUGCUGCUACUUUGGUUUAAAGUCUGUGUAAAGCAGUAUUAAAUAUUUAAUUUAAAAAGUUUGUGUGUGUCACACCACAGAAAAAUGUAUUAUUAACGCCCCAGCCAAAUUUGAAUGAUAAAAAACACAAAGUAAAUAAAAUAAAGUAUCAAAAUAUUAAAAAAAAUUAAGCAGUAUUCUUUGCUCUCAAACGCUAGGGGCGUGUCCACGCCCACUAGCGGGAAGGUUGCAGUUAUUAAGUUGGCUUGAGAAAGCCAACUUACUGAUCUACUGUUUAAGAUUAUUAUUAUUAUUCUUUUUCUUCUUCUGAGCCAAGUUUCGGUUUCUACCUCCUCCUAGAGCUUUCAAGCUAGAACCACCAAACUCGGCCCAGAUCUUCAGACUGGUCUGAUUCGGUGUGCUGUAUCUUUUCUAACUGAUCCGGCUUACGGUUUUCAUAAACCAGACUAUCAAAACCACCAAAAAUCCCAUAGACUUACAUUGACGGAAUGUUCAAACGAGCAACACUCUUCAAACUCCAACUGACAAAAUUCAAAUGUAAACUCCCAGAAUCCCUUGAGGCUCAAUCAAGCUUCCCUUCUAUGUACUGUUUCUAAUCCAUUUACACUCAUUUAAGCUUUCACUCUAAUAUUUCUAAUAUUUCUAAUCUAUCUAGCGAAAUCAUGCUAGUAAUAUGUUAAUCAUGCUAAUCAUGCUAGAAACAUCCUAGCGACAUGCUAAUCAUGCUAGAAACAUGCCAACGACAUGCUAAUCAUGUUAGAAACAUCCUAGCGACAUGCUAAUCAUGCUAGAAACAUGCUAGCAACUUGUUAAUCAUGCUAGGAACAUGCUAGCAACUUGCUAAUCAUGCUAGAAACAUACUAGCGACAUGCUAAUCAUGAUAGAAACAUGCCAACGACAUGCUAAUCAUGCCAGAAACAUGCUAGCGACAUGCUAAUCAUGCUAGCAACUUGUUAAUCAUGCUAGAAACAUGCUAGCAACUUUGCUAAUCAUGCUAGAAACAUGCUAGCAACUUUUCUAAUCAUGCUAGAAACAUGCUAGCAACUUGCUAAUCAUGCUAGAAACAUGCUAACGACAUGCUAAUCAUGCUAGAAACAUGCUAGCAACUUGCUAAUCGUGUUAGAAACAUGCUAGCAACUUUGCUAAUCAUGCCAGAAACAUGUUAACGACAUGCUAAUCAUGCUAGAAACAUGCUAGCAACUUGCUAAUCGUGUUAGAAACAUGCUAGCAACUUUGCUAAUCAUGCCAGAAACAUGUUAACGACAUGCUAAUCAUGCUAGAAACAUGCUAGCAAUUUGCUAAUCAUGCUAGAAACAUGCUAGCAACUUUGCUAAUCAUGAUAGAAACGUGCUAGCAACUUGUUAAUCAUGCCAGAAACAUGCUAGCGACAUGCUAAUCAUGCUAGAAACAUGCUAGCGACAUGCUAAUCAUGCUAGAAACAUGUUAGCAACUUGCUAAUCAUGCUAGAAACGUGCUAGCAACUUUGCUAAUCAUGCCAGAAACAUGCUAGUGAAAUGCUAAUCAUGCUAGAAACAUGCUGACGACAUGCUAAUCAUGGCAGAAACGUGCUAGCAGGUUUGCUAAUCAUGCUAGAAACAUGCUAGCAACUUGCUAAUCAUGCCCGAAAAAUGUUAACGACAUGCUAAACAUGUUAGAAACAUGCUAGCAACUUGCUAAUCGUGUUAGGAACAUGAUAGCAACUUUGUUAAUCAUGCUAGAAACAUGUUAGUGACAUGCUAAUCAUGUUAGAAACAUGCUAGCAACUUUGCUAAUCAUGAUAGAAACAUGUUAGCAACUUGCUAAUCAUGCUAGAAACGUGCUAGCAACUUUGCUAAUCAUGCCAGAAACAUGCUAGUGAAAUGCUAAUCAUGCUAGAAACAUGCUGACGACAUGCUAAUCAUGGCAGAAACAUGCUAGCAGGUUUGCUAAUCAUGCUAGAAACAUGCUAGCAACUUGCUAAUCAUGCCCGAAAAAAAUGCUAACGACAUGCUAAACAUGUUAGAAACAUGCUAGCAACUUGCUAAUCGUGUUAGGAACAUGAUAGCAACUUUGUUAAUCAUGCUAGAAACAUGCUAGUGACAUGCUAAUCAUGUUAGAAACAUGUUAGCAACUUUGCUAAUCAUGAUAGAAACAUGCUAGCAACAUGCUAGUAACUUGCUAACCAUUUUAGCAACAUGCUAGUAACAUGCUAAUCAUGUUAGCAACAUGCUAAUCAUGCUAGUAACUUGCUAAUCAUAAUAGAAACGAUGUUACCAAUGUGCUAGUAACAUGCUAAUCAUGCUAACAACAUGCUAUUACCUUGGCAAUCAUUCUAACUAUAUGCUAGUAACUUACUAAUCAUGGUAACAGCAUCCUAAUCAUGUUAGUAACAUGCUAAUCAUGUUAGAAACAUACUAACAACAUGCUAAUUGUGCUAACAACAUGCUAGUAACAUGCUAAUCACGCUAGCAACAUGUUAACAACAACCUAGUAACAUGUUAGCCAUGUUAAAAACAUGUUAAUCAGGCUAGAAACAUGCUAAUAACUUGCUAAUCAUGCUAACAACAUUCUAGUAAUUUGCAAAUUAUGAUAACAACAGGCCAGUCAUGCUAACAACAUUGUAAUCAGCCUAUAAAACUACAAGCAAUAAGCUAAUUAUGGUAAAACAUGUUAACAACAUGUUAAAUCAUGUAAGCAAUGUGUUAAAUCAUGCUAGCUGCUUCCAUACUUUUACAACUGCUUCAAACUUUCAGGCUAGGCUUUCUCAAGCCAACUUAAAGUUUGUUCUCAAACUUUACUCAUCUAGUAUAAUUUGUUCUGUGUAAGAAUUCUUCUAAGAUGAUCACUCAUAUAUUACCAGUAAGUGUUGACUGACUAAAAAGAGAUUUCAUUUUCCAAUUCACUCUUUCUCAGGCUAGAAUUAAAAAAGAAAGAAAGAAGACUAAUGGAAAGGGCUUCAUAUAAGGGCUUUUGUCAUAUGAUGCCAGGACAAACCUUUUGAUGUUGAGUUAUUUUAAUAUAUCUGUUUUUUCAAAAAGUGUUUUUUCAGACCAGUGAAAAGAAAACAUCCAAAAGACACUGUUAAGUGUUUCUUUUAUAGCACUUUAUCUAUUAGUGUCAAUAGAUUUUAAUUACAAUACAAUUUUAAAGGCCGUUUUCUCAAAAUGCGUUUUUUUUUCCUACAGAGCCAUAAAUCUCCACUUCAGUAGCACUUACACACACCACACUUUACAUUUUUAUUCCUGUCUAUAUCCUGAAGGUUUUUACAGGUGUUUCAUAUAUAAUUUCCUUGAAUUUAUACAUUUUAUUCCCCCCAAAAUUAUCAAAAAUAUAUUUUCUGUCUGUUUAAAGUUUUUUCUGAAUUAUGGAGUGACAAAAUGAGAUGCCCAAAAUUCCCUAUGUAAAAACAUUUGACCCUAAUAUGUCAAAUUUUGAAACUGACUUAAUCCAGUGUUUAGAUGUUUGUACUAGACAUGUAUGCAAACCACAUAUUUCAUUAAAUAAUGCCUCAUUUGCAUAUUUAAACCUAAUAUUCUAGAAAACUUGUGAUACAAAAAAUGUUUGCAAUUAUCAAUGUAAUCAAUCAACUAAGUAAGGUGAUAACUGUUAGUUAAUUUCUUUUUUUUACCCUGUUCACCUGCAGUGUCUCGCCUUAAACCAAAUUAAUAGCAAUACAGUAAUGUAAAUAUGUUUAACAAGAGGCUACUGAAAUUGCCUGGUAAAAUCAAUUAAUAGGUAAGAAAAUAACUAAAUCUAAAAAUAACAUGCAGCCGAGUAGAACUUCAGGUCACAUCCUCUAGGUGGUGCUGCUAUUUAAAACUGUCGAGCUGACACCAGAUUCUCUGUGCUUUUAACUUCACACUACCACACUGCUUACGUGGCAGGUCAUGACACAGUCAGUUAUGAAACCUAAAGCCUUCCUCCUUUAGUUUCCUUCUUGGGAUGAUCAGAAGUAGACCUAUGGAGGCAGGAUUCUCCUUACCUCCACAGUUUUACCUUGACUAUUUUUGUAUGUGUUCCACAGCUUUCAUCACAUUACUCAGGAGCAGUCAUCAAAUUACACUUCUCAUUUACACUGUGCACGGUAAAAAAAAAAAAAAAAAAAAAGCAAUAUGUUGACAAACGCUCAAUAUUUUUUACCUUUGUAUGAAUUAGUUUGAUCUGCAGUACAAGUUGGCCAAAGGACGUAUCCUUUUUACUCAAAGACUGAAGGACUGCCUUUUUUAGCACCCAUAAAAUGCUAAAAUGCUUCAGAAACUUGCCAAGAUGUGUGUUGGUGACUGAUAAUCCAUCAAUUGAGUUAUAAGUGGCCAUCUAACUUUUAGCACAUCAUGUUUUGUUGGGCUGCCUGAUAUCUGAAUUUUUAAUUUUAGUUUAAUAUGCUCAUAUCUAGGUGGUUUGAAUUUGUUGUUCAGAGUACAAAACGGCUUCAUCUCUGUCAUUCCUACAAGUUGUCAAGGGAUCAGUAUGUGCUCGUAAUGAUUUUACACAAUCAAAUGACAGUAUGUUACAGUCAAGUAGUGUAAGCAGCUAUAAAAACCUGACAGUAAGGAUUUCUUUAUUUGUUGGCUCAGUUACUUAUGACUUAAUGCAUCAUCAGUUGUAUUUUACAGAGCCUGAGCCUAUUAAAAUUCUUCUGAGGAUUGCUGUUAGUACAUGCCAGAUUAAAUUAAGUGCUAGAACUGAGCGUGUAAAUAUACACUAUAUAAUACCGGGGCGUAUAGAAUCACCACUUGGCACUAUCAUUUAACUUACUGAGUGCACACAUGGUGCACAUGCCAAAAAUACGGCCCAAAGAGUCUCCAAUUACAUGACAAGUCUUAAACUAUUCAGGAGGAAGGAGGGUGUUGAAAUAGUGAGAAUGCCAGGGAGCUCAGCAGGGGCCACUCUCCACUGUCUGUGGUAUGAGCAAGUGUAAUGAGUGAACUAAGAUUUAUGGCACAAUAAAAGUUUAGUUUGUCAACAUGUUCACAAUUCAGUGUUACAUUCACAACAUAAAUAUGUGAACAUAGCGGUUAUUUACAUAUAGGGUUUUCUAGUCUGUGUGUUUUUGUGAAGUCUCACUUAGUAUACAUCUCACAUAUGUGCAGAAGAUUAAAAAAAAUAUGAAAGCAAUCAUGCUUAUCAAUGGCAAUGACUGUAGGAUAUUAUUCCCUGAGCUAUAAAUGAUUUUGAAUAAAUGCUGUUCUUGCCAAAGAUUGUUUUUGCCAGUUUUAAUACUGUUAUACAACAUGUGGGGAUUUUCCAUGAUCAUCUCCACUGGAAGUAAAUAAUACAGUUUUUUUUUUUCUUUCUUUAAAGCAUGUGCAAAGUAAAGUUUCAUUUUGGUUGCCUUUUAAUUUGGUCGCCUAACUUAGCUUGUGUCUCUUUUACUCACUUCCUACAGCCGUAAACUACUAAAAGCUAUGCAUGCUGAGAAUGUGCAGGGCUCAGUGCUAAACUCAUUUGCCCUGCUAUAAAAAAUCAGGCAAAUGUUAUGGUAGUGUUCAUGUCAUGUCAGUUUCUGAUUGAAUUAGGGCCAUAAAAAAGUCACACAUAUGUUUCAGGGGGAUGUGUGAUGUUUAUCUAAUAUCUAAUAUAUCACAUGAGAAAGCAUGAUCCUCAACACUUAAGCCAAACUUGAUGUUUUUUCCCAUUAUAUAAUAAAACAAAAUAAGUGGAAUUAAAAAAAAAAAAAAAACAUAUUGCACACACUUUUUUUUAAGCAAAUCUUUCCACAAAAUAGUUGUGGAAAUGGCUUAAAAUCAUUAAACGGUAGAUACGCUGUUAAAAAAAAUAAGGCACUUGUACAUUAUGGUUCUGAAAUGAACUACACCUGUGGUAACCUUGAGAUUACUUGAUUACAAAUCAUUGUAAACAAUGGUCAGAAAAGUGAAGUUGUUUCUGAGAAAUGGUCUAGCUAGCAUCAUUUUUAUACAGAUCCCACUUGAUUUGAUAUUAUUUCUAAUGUAAUGAAAUUUAUACACAAAAUGACUUGCAUGUCCCUUAAUUCAGAAUGCUUUUUUGUGGCCACUAUAUAUGCUCAAUUUUGACCCUGGACCACAAAACCAGUCAUAAGGGUCCGUUUUUAUGAGAUUAGAUUUUAAUCUCAUAAAUUAUAAUCUCAUAGAUUAUUAGAUUUAUACAUCAUCUGAAAGAUGAAUAAAUAAUAAGGACAAUAUUUGGCUGAGAUGCAACUAUUUGAAUGUCUGAAAUCUGAGGGUGCAAAAAAAAAAAAAAAAAUAUUGAGAAAAUCGCUAUUAAAUUUGUUCAAACUAAGUUCUUAGCAAUGCAUAUUACUAAUCAGAAAUUAAGUUUUGAUAUUUAGGGUAGGCAAUUUACAAAAUAUCUUCAUGGAACAUGAUCUUUACUUAAUAUUUGCGUAAUAAUUGUUGGCAUAAAAAAAAUCGAUAAUUUUGACCCAUACAAUGUAUUGUUGGCUAUUGGUGCAAAUAUACCCCUGCUACUUAUGGUUUUGUGGUCCAGGGUCGCAAUUGUGCAGUUUGAAAAAUGAUAUUUCUGUCAUUUAAACACACAGAUCCACACACAAAUUUACAAAUCACCAUCAACACCUCCAGGUCUGUUUCUCGUUAAAUAAAGUAUAUUUAAAAAUAUCGCAAAAUAAUUAAUAUUAGGACAAUAUAUUUCCACACCCAUUUGUAUAACAACAAAUUAACUUUUACUUAAGAGCUUUUCUUAUUACAAAUACUUACCUUAAAAUCAGAAAUAAGAAAAACAUUAUCCAGUAGUGAUGUUGCCGCAUAGUGAUGACAAAGCCAAGCAGUUCUACAUAUGUCUCCUUGACAUUUAACGGUUACAUUAAACAACUAAUCCAUGUGUGACUAAGCCACAGAGUCUUGGUUUCAGAGUCUCUGGUGUAUCAUAAUACAUCUGUUGACAUUCCAUGCAUCUUUUGAAGUAGUGUUGAAUGUGAUCAAAACUAUGUAUGUUUAUAUAAAUAAACUUUACUUUUUUCAUAUGCAUCUAAACCUCACAGACAAAACAAGGAACCACAAGUACAGUAUGUUCUGAAAAAAAAAAUGCAGUACAGUUAGUCAUUUCCAUCUUCAGAAUGAUUGUCAGUGCCAAGUGUUUCACCUGAUCAAUUCCUUUGACCCCCAUUUGUUCCAUAUAAGACAUUAGUUAGCCAUAUUUAACUUCUGCUUGGCUGGCAGAACAAAUCCAAUAUAAGGCAGUAUGCACAAGCCCUGAAGACUGUUCAGAGGCAGCUGUGUUCGUGAUUGUGGUGAGAACUCUCAUUUCUUCAAGCAUUAUUGUUUGUCAUUAUAACAUAUACACUUACAAUAGAUGAUGAUUAGAUGAAAAUGGAAAAACUGGUGACUAUCAAAUAUUCAGGAUUUUUGGAAAUUUGAAGUUUUUUCAUAUUGCUUAAUGUGAGAUAUAAAAAAAAGAUAUCACAAAUAGGUGUUAAGAUUAUUUUGCUAAUAAAGAAAAC